AAAAAAAAAAAAAAAGGAAAAGAAGAAGAAGAAUGAGCUAGAGAAGGAUAGAAGCGUGACAGAUGUAUAAUCUAUUAUCGCCAUCAUCACCAUGGAGAGCUAAAGCCAUAGGCCGCUUAGCAUAUGGUUGCUUCUACACUACGCCCUCUACACCAAACCACCUCUUAACCUUCACCCCUACUCGCUUUUUCUCUCACCUUCUUCACCGCCGCCGCCGCACAGUCUCACUCCUCCGACCAACCACUCUCUCCUCUUGUCCUAGUUUCCUCACGGGUAACUCCCACUUCUGCGGAAUGGCGUGGCUCUUGUCCGGGCGUGGAAUUCGUGAUAGCAAGGCAAUGGUGGAGGGUUUGCAAAGUUAUGGAGUGAUUAGUUCCGAGAAGGUUGCUGAAGUGAUGGGGACUAUCGAUAGGGCUUUGUUUGUGCCUGAUGGGACCCCAGCUUAUGAUGACUCCCCCAUGUCAAUUGGUUAUAAUGCCACCAUUUCUGCACCUCAUAUGCAUGCAAUGUGCCUGCAGUUGUUGGAAAAGAAUUUGCAGCCUGAUAUGCAUGCUUUGGAUGUUGGAUCAGGGACGGGUUAUUUGACAGCAUGUUUUGCAUUGAUGGUUGGACCAAAAGGUCGAGCAGUGGGUGUAGAACAUAUUCCGGAGUUGGUCUCUUCCUCAAUUGAAAAUAUUCAAAAAAGUGCAGUAGCACCAUUACUAAAAGAAGGUUCCCUCUCAGUGCAUGUUGGUGAUGGAAGGCUAGGUUGGCCGGAAUUUGCACCUUAUGAUGCUAUUCAUGUCGGGGCAGCCGCUCCAGAAAUACCACAACCACUUAUUGACCAAUUGAAGCCUGGAGGCAGAAUGGUGAUUCCUGUGGGAAACAUAUACCAGGAUUUAAAGGUUGUGGACAAGAACAUGGAUGGUUCUGUAAGUAUCCGGACUGAAACUGCAGUUCGUUAUGUUCCACUCACAAAUCGAGAUGCUCAGUUGCGAGGCUAUUGAGGCUGCUGAUUGUUUCCCUUGGAAAUUUUGUGCCUGGUCUACCUUCACUAGGACUCCUGGAACCUGUAUAGUUGUUGCUCUAGCUUUCUCGUCACAGUAAUGGAUUGUUGAAUGUAGUUCUGCUUUUGUCGUUGUAAAUCUUCUUGUUGGUUAAUAAAACAAGGUUUAGUUCGUGGAAGGUUGCACCAGAAUUGG